CCGGAGCCGCUGGGACGCGAGGUGGGCGGGGGCGGGCUGAAAGUUGGACAAGCAGGAAGUGAACCGACGGCCGCCUGGGAGGAAACGGAGUAGUCAACGAGUUCGGCUGCCGGCAGGCCCGAGCCGCUUGGAAACAUGGAGGCCAGUGGCGGUGGAGAUGACCGUGUGCGGAACCUCCGGAAUGAAGUGGAAGGGGUCAAGAAUAUCAUGACCCAGAAUGUGGAGCGGAUCCUGGCCCGGGGAGAGAACCUGGACCACCUUCGCAACAAGACAGAGGAUCUGGAAGCCACAUCAGAGCACUUCAAGACCACGUCACAGAAGGUGGCUCGGAAGUUCUGGUGGAAGAACGUGAAGAUGAUUGUCCUCAUCUGUGUGAUUGUUUUUAUCAUCGUCCUCUUCAUCGUGCUUUUUGCCACCGGUGCCAUCCCCACUUAGGGAACCCCUCCCUCCCUGCCCUCCUCCUUGGCUGCCACCUUCCGUGGUGCAUGCCAAGGGGGGGCCCUCUCUCCUGUCCUUCUUCACGUGGAAUGCUGCUCGGUCCUGCCGCCCUGCACUCUGAAGCCCCCUGUCUGCCCCAGGGAACACUGUGGUCCCCAGAAAGAGAGAGCUGGACUGUGGCUGCAUUUCAGGGGUCCUCAGAGUUGGUUGGAGAGACCCAGAGGGCCUAGCACAUGGCUGGAAAACUGAUGGAACUGAGGGUGGCCAGUGGGCAAUAAAGACCUUUCAGUAUCCCUA